AUGUGGAGCCAGCUGCUGCACUCGAAGCUCUCUACUGCCGGUUUCACGCGGUGUGAGAGCGACAUGUGUUUCUACUGGAAGCGCGAAGGCGACGACCUCGUCGUGGUCGGCGUGUAUGUCGACGAUCUUCUUGCGACAGGGACGAGCGCGGCGGCGGUCGAGCGCUUCUUUGCAAGCCUCGCGUCGUUGUCGAUCAAGGACCUGGGGCGUGUCAGCAAGCUCCUGGGAAUGCGCGUGACGCACAACGGUCAGAAUGGGUACACGCUCGAUCAGGAGGAGGCCAUAAGAGACCUCCUACGCGACAACGGACUCGCUGAUGCCAACUCAACGUGGACGCCGAUCGACGACAGCUGCUACGAGUUGGAGGAGGGCGACGCGGAGCUUCUUGGGACGCCAAGCGCGCAAUUAGGACCUACUGUGCACCAGUUUCAGUCGCUGGUCGGCUCGCUGCUCUGGGUGGCGUGUUGCACGCGCCCUGACAUAGCGUUUGCGGUGCACAAGGUCACGAGACGAGUCCACGCGCCUCGCCUAGCAGACUGGAAGUUGGAUAAACGCAUCGCGCGAUACCUCAAGGGUACGGCGGCGCUCAAGGUCACGAUGAUCCCAGAAGACAAUUUAGGUGUGGCGAUGCGACUAGAAUUGUUCAGCGACGCCGACUUUGCCGCCGACAAGACGGACCGGAAGUCAAUGACGGGCGGCAUCAUGAUGCUGAACGGGAUGGCCGUCAGCUGGGGUGCACGGAAGCAGGGAGGCGUCUCCCUGUCGACGAUGGAGGCGUAG